AUGUACAAACAGUCCCCCAGCAGGAACCAGAGGUCCAAACGGCUGAAGCUCAAGUAUGUUCUCCAAAUCUGCUUGUUGUUAGCCGUUUGCUUCUGGUUGAUAUACCAAGUCAAACACUCCCACGACAAGAAACGAGAAUUCGAGGAACUCGACUCGAAAUCCUCCCUACAAACUAAAUCUAACAACGAUGAGAUCUUAAAACUCGGGAGGAAAGACAUUGCUCGCCUGAAGGAUGAGGAUAUCAUUGAAGAGGAUGAGGAAAGCAAGCCUGAAGACGAUGAGCCUGAAGAAAAAAUAAAAACCAAUAACGAGCAAGAUAAUAUGGACGAUCACGAACAAGAAAAUCCGGAUGACGCUGAAGUUGAUAAUAAGGAAGAGGAUUCUGCAGAUGAAGAAAUCGAAUCCCGAGAAGUUGAAACAGAAGGGGAUAGUGUUGUGGGUGAAAAUGAAAAUGAAAAUGAAAGUGAAUCGGAUGAUAAAAUCAUGCACGAGGCUCGUGAGGAGCAGUACAAGGCUGACGAUGCUUCUAGUGCAGUGACUCACGAUGCCCGCAUGGCAACUGAAAACUCGAACGAGCACGUGGAGAAUGUUCUAGAAGAGAACAGCAUUGGGAAUGGGAAUAAAACAGAAGAAACUAACGAAGAGGAUAAAAUUAGGGAAGAUUUGGAUGUGGGAGGUGGCGAAACUGGCGCGUUUGACCAAAAGUCAAACAUCACGAACAGCGAGGCGAAUGUUGAUGUGUUGAACGAGUCUGAAUUAAACCAUGCGCCUCCGAAUGACACUGUAGUCGAAGAAGGGUUUAAUCGUAAUUUGACAGGAAAUGGCUCGGCUGAGGUCAUAACAACAGAGAGACACGAAUUAGCUUUAGAGGGAACCAAUAAUUCUUCUAUCUCAAACGAUAAUUCUACUUCUAACAGUGAAAGUAAAGAUGCCGAACCACAGUCUAAUGAUGGAAUCUCGAAUAAUUUGACUGGUUCUGGCGAAACGAAAGAUGGUGAAUUGCAAUCUGAGGAUUUCUCGAAUUCAGCUGUUAAUGAUAACGAUAAUAAUACGGAGGCUUUAUUGCCGGGACAAAAUGCUACAUUAGAGGCCUCUGUAGUUGCAGAGAAUAGAACUGAGAAUAGCAAUAGUAUUGAGCCUGAGAAAGAGGAUAUGAGUGAUGGUUCGUACGAAAACUCAGAGUCCACAGGCAAUGAUAAUCCCAAUGAAGAAAUUCAGCAGGAUGGCGUUGAUUUGUCGGAAUCUGAUGAUUUGGCGGGUUCUGUUGAGGAGAAGGAAGUCCGAACGGAUUUAGAGACUCUUCCUGAGAUUCAAACUGAAGGGACUAACAAUGAUGACGAUGUUGCUGCCGAAUAG